AUGGCGGCUCCCCUCUCCACGAUGAAAUUUUGGAAGCCGGGGUCUGAGGCACCAGGGAUCUCGGAGGAGCGGGAGCUCAACACAGAGACCACCGGCUCCCCGAUCAUCUUCAACCCGCACACCGCCCUCUCCAUCGAGAAGCAGCGACAGAAACUCCCCGUUUUCCAGCACAGAAACAACAUCUUGUACUUGUUGGAAAGCUACCAGACUGUCAUCAUAGUUGGUGAAACCGGAUGCGGGAAGACAACACAGAUACCUCAGUACCUGCUGGAAGCUGGCUGGGCAGCAGAGGGGAAGGUGAUCGGAGUGACACAGCCUCGACGCGUGGCUGCUAUCUCCGUAGCCAACCGUGUUGCAGAGGAGCGGGGGGCCCUGCUGGGACAUGAAGUGGGCUACACCAUCAGGUUUGAUGAUUGUACUGAUCCCCAUGCCACGAGGAUCAAGUUUCUUACAGAUGGCAUGUUGGUGCGAGAGAUGAUGGCGGAUCCUCUUUUGAAAAAAUACAGUGUGUUGAUGCUAGAUGAAGCACAUGAGAGGACCCUGUUUACAGACAUAGCCAUCGGUCUACUAAAGAAGAUUCAGAAGAAACGGCGAGACCUGCGGCUGAUCGUGGCCUCUGCCACUCUGGAUGCCAAGAAAUUCCAUGAAUUCUUCAACCUGAAUGAGUCUACGGAUCCCAACAAGGACACGUGUGGGAUUCUGACAGUGGAGGGACGCACCUUUCCAGUGGACGUCUUCUACACUGUCAGUCCUGUCCCAGACUAUGUGAAGGCCACAGUGGAGACAGUGUUGAAGAUACAUGAGACAGAGGAUGAUGGAGAUGUCCUGGCUUUUCUUACCGGGCAGGAAGAGGUAGAGAAGGUGGUGUCCCUUCUGCAGGAACAGGCCAGGUCUUUGUCCAGAUACGGCAUGAAGAAACACCUGAGAAUUCUGCCAAUGUAUUCUGGUCUACCGUACGCCGACCAGAUGAAGGUGUUUGAGCGAACGCCCUCCUCUGUUCGCAAGGUGGUGGUGGCCACUAACAUAGCUGAGACAUCCAUCACCAUAAAUGGAGUUGUAUUUGUCAUCGACUGUGCAUUUGUGAAGCUGCGAGCCUAUAAUCCUCGCACUGCCAUUGAAUCACUGGUGGUAACUCCCAUCUCGAAGGCUUCAGCCAGCCAGAGAGCCGGGAGGGCCGGGCGAAACCGGCCUGGGAAAUGCUUUAGACUCUACACAGAGGAGGACUUUGAGAAACUGCCCGCCUCCACUGUGCCAGAGAUGCAGCGCACCAAUUUGGCCCCUGUCAUCCUGCAGCUUAAAGCAUUAGGCAUUGACAACGUGCUGCGGUUCAGCUUCCUUUCACCUCCUCCAGCUCAGACCAUGGUUCAGGCUCUGGAACUGCUUUAUGCUCUGGGAGGUCUAGACCAUUAUGGCCGUUUGACGGAUCCCAUGGGUGUGCGGAUGGCAGAGUUCCCUCUCAGUCCCAUGUUUGCCAAGAUGCUCCUAGAGUCCGGAAACUUUGGCUGCUCCAAGGAGAUUGUUACCAUAGCAGCAAUGAUGCAGAUUCAGAAUAUAUUUGUCGUGCCACCCAAUCAGAAGAAAGCUGCCGCCCGUGAGCACAGGAAAUUUGCAGUUGCCGAGGGAGACCACCUCACAAUGCUGAAUGUGUAUGAGGCAUUCAUUAAGCACCAGAAGAGCUCUCAGUGGUGUCAAGAACAUUUUCUCAAUUACAAAGGUCUGCUGAGAGCCGUGACUGUACGAGAGCAACUCCGACGUCUCAUGAACAAGUUUAAGGUGCCGCGGACUUCCAGUGAAGGCGACCCUGAUGUGAUCCUGAAGUGCAUUGUGUCUGGGUUUUUUGCUAAUGCAGCCCGCAUUCACCAUUCUGGUUCCUACCGGACUUUAAGAGACGACCGUGAGCUUCACAUCCACCCCAACUCUGUGCUGUUUGGAGAGAAACCACCAAAAUGGGUUGUUUUCAAUGAAGUGGUGCAGACAUCAAAAUACUACAUGCGUGAUGUGACUGCUGUUGAGUCAUCCUGGCUGGUUGAGUUGGCCCCUCACUUUUACAAGCAGGCGCAGCAUGGUUCACUUGCCAGUAAGAGAUCCAGAGUCCUCUAAAUCUUGCCAGCUUUUCACCACUAUAAGACUCAUUAAAUUAACAGGAGAAACCCCCUUUCAAUUAGUCACUGUGCCCCUCUCCAUUUCAUUGUAUAUAAAGAUGUAAUAUAUAUUUCAUCUCCAUGUCCACAUGUACAACCCCUUCAUACUAUGUGGCCAUACUAGAAUGGGUUUUAGAGGUAUAUUUUUAGUGUUGAUGUUAAUAAAUGAAAGUGUCUGUCUCGCUUUUUGACAGAGAUAUAGUUUAUAUUUGAUCUGUGAGAGUGAAUGGUGAUGAAUGUGAAUGAGCGCAGGCUGUGCCUGACUCGAGUCCAUUCAAGCAUGGUCAUGUAGUUCAUCCAUACUUGUACAUAGUGAGAGCAGGCUCAGGUCCAGGGAGUGACUCCUGUGCUACAGGUCCGUCCAUACCUGGUUCUAGGCUUCAUUAUUUUUUUAAUUACUGUAUUUUUUUUCACUUUUGCAUGAUGAAUAAUGGAAGACAGUUGUACCAUAUGUGAGGAUGUUUCCCUUUGAGAGACUUAUGAUUUAGGUGUUUUGGUUAAUUACUUCCCCCAUAACUUGGGUGCCUUUUUUUGCCGUUUCUAUUCAGUUAAACUUUACCUCCAGUUUGUUUUUGAUUUCUUUCUGUACCUUCACACAGAAUGCUGUUGUAUGUAUUUUCAGGAAUUCAGAAUGGAAAUACAUUUCUUUACUUUUUUUUUAAGUCAACUUGCAUCUAAAUAAUGAUACUGUGAAAAAACUGAUUUGCUUUCAGGUCAUUGUUUUCCACUCUGUAUUGCCACUUAACUACAGUCUAGAUCAGACAUAGUGGCCUUUUCACCACUCUGUGCCAAUUUACUUCAUCAGCCUGUAUCACAUUUCACUUUCAGAUGGAAUGUGCGAAUACACCCAAGCAUUAUAAAUGAAAAGCUGUGAAUUCAAAACAAAAAAAGUGCCAUGUGUUCCAAUAAUGACAAAGUGCAUUCAGACAUAUGUCCAAAGCCUCAAAGAAACAGUAGCAUUUAUCUAUUUUCAACCGUCUGGUCAUCAUAAUUGCCUUUCCUCUGAAGGUUUGUCUCAAUGUUGAAGCACAGCCUUAUUGUUUUGUUCCCUUUUACCAUCAACAUCAUCCACCAGGUGUUCAGUAAAGUGGCCAGUUACAGUAUUUGUGAUUUCCAUUCCAUAUUGACGACAUGCAUUCUACAUUUCUGCUUUGUAUUUCACGUUUUGUUUCCUUCAGAGGUGUUUGGCCCUGAAAGUUUCAGUGAGCAGUAUAUUAAAGGCUUGUCAUUUUACUCUGGGACUGGCUUUCAAACCAGUAUGAUCACUGUCACCAAAUUUUACUCAUGCCUGCAUGUUUUUUUUCCGUACAGUUCUUGAGGUUACUACUGUACUAGAUUCAGUGAAACUUAAUUAAACCACAGAACAGCACAUCAUACAGUAGCUAGGUAAACCAACACAAAUUAGAUAUAGAAGUCAAGUACCCUUGCAUGUUAAAAGGUACUCUGAUAUAGAUCUAUACACUUAAGAUUACCUCCUAGUCUUAUUGCAAGCAAAAACUUUUGUGAUAUGACUUGUUUAUUAUCAAUUGUGAUGAAACUCUGAAUAUGUAUACAGCAAAAACAGUAAUCUGUAGACCUGUGUAAUUGCUCACCUCUGAGAUAAAAACGGUCACCUGCCAUUUCCCCCUCACAUCCUCAA